CCUCGCUUGUGCUCACACACACAGCAGUGAUGGGAUAAGAUACGACGCAUGAACGUGCAGUGCAGUGCAGCAAGGCGUGUGUGUGAGUGUGAGUGUGUGAGGAGGAGGAUCGAGCGUGUGUGUGUGAGGACAGCCAGCCAAGUGCAUGUCAGUCUGAAGCAAAGAGUAUGAGCGAGCUGAAGGAGCUUCCACGGUUUCUUUUAGGUGGAUGUGUUUUUUGCAGCAGUGGAGCCUGAGAAGGAGACAGAAGAAUGUUUUCAAAAGUGGAGUCCUGAAAAUGUGGAAUCUUGUCCUAAAAUAAGAUGCAAAGAUCAGGGCCCGUAAAUGCAUAUUUUUCUAAAUUACAGUUCUGCAGUUGACAAGGACACGAUGACUUACAGCCCUCGAGGAAGUACUGCAGUAUUUUUGAGCAGUGUUUAAAAUGUGUCUGGAUUAGAUAUCCAAAGGAGAACUGCAAACACUGCCCUACAAGAAUGGACUGACAAUCUAUAAAAUGUCAAUAUAUAAAGAAUAUAAAGAGGAGAAAAAUCUGUAAAGAACACUAUUCAUAGUUCCUCCACAACCAGCAAGAACAACAACAGGAAGCCAAUGGGCCAGUAACAGCUCGUUCAUCACAGAUCAGAAAGUACAACAUUCCUGAUCUAGAGAUGAGUGUUUCUCAGCCCAGCGAGGGUCUCCCUGUCAGGGGCAAAAGUGGAUCCACCAUGAGGCUCCCACUUCACAGUGCAGGAGACCACAACGGGAAUGCUUUCCCAAUUUCCUCCUCCUCCUCCUCCGCCUCCUCCUCUUCCUCCUCCUGUCUGGGGGAGUCGUCUCCAGAGUCACUGCGGAGCCUGAGCAGCCUCAGUGGGGGCCGGACUGACAGCCCACUGGACUAUGACAUGUUUGAGGUCACCCUGAUGACGACAGUGAUGACCAAAACGGACAACGUGACAGAUGUUGUCAUUGCGAAAUGGGUACCAGAGGUGAAAAGUAUACCAGAUAACAAUGAUGACGUCUCAGUGGGAAAGAUACAAACAGCGGCAGAGCUAACGGAAUCCAACGACAACUCUGUGUCUGUCUACGUGGACGCCAUCAGCGGCGAGUACCGCCAAGACACCUGGAACGACAACCUGACGCUGGCCCUGACCCUGGCGACAAACAGCGAUGGCUGCGGCAAUACUCAUGACCGCAGCCGCAGAAGUGGUAAUGGGAGACGGCACGGCUCCUCAACCCCAGACUCAGACGCUACAGAAAUCCCUGCCGAUGAUGAUGAUGACGAUGACGAAGAGGAGGGUCUGUUUUUGUCCGUGAGCUCUGACAUGGGUGUGCGGAGAAGCAGCGUGACCCUCUUAAGCUCGGGCAGACGAUCCAGUGACAGCCUGGUGGACCCAGGUAGCUCUGCUGUGGCUCUGAGUGUAGCUGAUGAGAGGUCAGAGCUGGUGUUAGAAGGGCUGGAGGUUGCCUGUCCCCUCGGUGUACCUGUGGAAGACCAGACAGAGCCUCCAGCUUGUGAGGACCUUGGUGACACCCCCCUGAGAUCAUCAUCUUCUGCCAAUCCAAGUCAAGAUGCUAAGGAAGUCACACGUCCUCCACCUGAGAAAGUUGAAAUCAGUGCAGUGGGCCCCAAACUGAACGCCAGUCAGCCAGCCAGAGCAGCUAAAUCCAAAUCAACCACUUCAAUUACAACUGCUCCCAAGACAGCCGUCAAACCAUCCACUCUGGAGGCAAAGAGAGUUUCCAAACUGGAUCUAAAAAACGUCAAGGCUAAAGUUGGGUCCCGGUCCACACCAUCUCCAACUAAAACACCCAGCCAGCAGAACAGAUCCAUUCCAGCCAAUGGAAAAAGAGCUGUUUCUAGGAAGGAGGAAGCACAGACUGGGGAUGGAGGUAAAAAGCAACGAUCAUCUACAGGUCCAGUCAAAGUGGCUGUGGUGCUGAAACCCAUCAGAGGGAAGAGCAGUAACCUCACAAUCAACCACAAGACAGCAGCCGGUGACUGCGCUCAGCCAGAGAGGAAAAGUGCGGCCGUCAGUCGAACACUCUCCACUUCGACCAGCUCUCUAGGGUCUGAGGCGGUUGAGGAAGGAACCCUGGACUCUCCCAGGAAGGCUGUCCAGGAAGUGCCUGGUAAACUGGAAACAACUGAAGAUGUGAAGAAUUCACAUCCAAAUGAAGAUGCUCAUGAAGAGUCUGUGGAGGACCAGAGGGAGGGUACUGGGAAGGCUUUAAUGACGGAGGCAGCAGUGGAGAAACCAAGGAACCAUAGCAGGAAAGUCUCCUCCAAGCUGGGGCCCAAUUCCAGGCAGCAGGGGAGAGGCAUCAGAGCGGAUAAGGGGCCCACUGGACCGGCUCCACCUCCAGGGUCAGGGACUGGACCGCCAGGACAGGGGAGCCCCGGACCCAGGCAAACCCAGAAGGAUGGCUCCACGUUGGAGGACAGACAGGGCGCUGGUGGUGGAUCUCCAACGAGAGCGAGGCAGAGCCAAAGUCAGUGCCAGGGUAUCCCCAAACCUGCAACCACCACAGAGCGAGCCAUUUGCACUGCUGCCCCCGGGGUCCCCGUAACAUCCAGCUCCAAAACCCACAGCAAAUCAGCAGCCACAUUGGGUUGGUCGGCGACCACGUAAGCACCCGCGGCGUCAAAACUUCCCUGUUAAGGGAUUACCACAAGCCUCAGCCCUCAUCUUCUUGGGAAAAGCAAUGAGAACAAAUGGAAGCCACAAGCAAAGGUUAAGGCGGUGGGGUUGUCACCAACAGGGACCAAGCCAGAAGAGCGGCCCAGCAGAAGCACUCUUCCUUCAGGCAGCCAGAGCACAGCAAAGCCCCUUGUCUCCAGCAGUGCAACUACCACCACCACUAAUGCUGCCAGUGAGACAGCUACCAGUGCUACCAGUGGUGUCACUGCUGCUCCAAAGCCUCCUGCAAUGAGGAGCAGAGCUCUGUCGCUGCAGGCCAGGACCACUACUACAGGUCUGAAGACCCCGACAGUGAUCAACAACAACAUAGCCAAGACAGCUGCCACCAAUCAAACGGCAGCAAAGACUACUCCCACUGCCAGUCAGGGACUGACCAAGCAGGCGUCACAGUAUCCCUUGCAACGAAGCGGCUCGGCAAGGCUCAGUCGACUGCACAGCACAGUGGACAAAAACAAGCCCCGGGAGGCGCCGGGGAGACCCACAAGCACCAACAGCAACUCACAGGGAUCAGCGCCUGCAGGAGGAAACAACCAGAACCAGCAGCAGCCUCCACCGGACCUGGUACCGGACGUGGUGAAUGCAAAUGCACCAGUUCUCCCAGCACCUGCCACUGAUGCCACCACCACUGGGUCAGGCACCACUGGAGCCUCUGGUCUUGGGUUCAAAGCAAGAACGGGGUCACGAUCCAGCCCCAAAACAGCAUCCCACCUGCAAAAUGCACCCAAGCCUGGCGCAGCGGUGGCGGUUGUGGCAGACAGUACGGUCCCGACUAAACAGAACCAGAGCAAAGAGCAGGCAGAGAAGAAGAACCAGACCAUCAACCAGCUGAGGAAGCUGCUCUUCCAGGGGAAUAGGAGAGUGGAGGCUCUGGCUACAGUCAUCCAACACCUCUUCACUGAGACUUCAUUCAGGCUCAGCAGCUCCAUAGGCCAGACAACUGUUGUUGUUUUUCCUGUCGCAUCGCCCGCCAGUGGCUGCAAGGCAUCUGCAGAAGCGGAGAAAGGGGAGGUGCGUGGCGGUCAGCUUGGAAGAAGCCUUGAAGAGGCCUGGGAGGAGCAGCACAAGACGACCUGGUGGCCAGCUGGGAGACAGGGUGGGUGGCAUUACACCCUGCUGUGUGGCUCAGCACUCAGAUUGAGGAGUUUUUACCAAACCGAGUGGGAUAAAGUCCACCAGACGUACCAGGAGGAGGCUGACAAAUGCCGCAUGUUGAUGGAGCAGCAGGUGGAGGAGCUGAGGAGUCGACAGGAAGCAGAGAGGAAGAACCAGGAAGAGAGUCACAGCCAGAAGAUGAAGUCUCUCAAACUGCAGUAUGAGACCUCCAUACAAGAGCUGAAGAGGAUCCAGCAGACAGACCUGGAGUACCUGGAGAAAACACUGAAGGAGACUGAAACAGCUCUCUCUGAGAAAGUAUCUGAGCUGUCAGUAGAGAAGGAGGCUCUGAAUGAGAAGCUAAAAGCAGAGGAGGAGAGGAGGAAGCGCAUACUCAGUGACAAGAAUCUGAAGGACUCCCACACAGUGUACCUGGAGCAGGAGCUGGAGAGUCUUAAGGUGGUGCUGGAGAUCAAGAACAACCAGCUGCACCAGAAGGAGAAGAAGUUAAUGGAGAUGGACAAACUGGUGGGCAUUAAUCUGUCUCUGACCUCACAUACUAUCAUCUUGGAGAAGUGUCUGAACAAGGUCCAACAGGAGAAUGAGGACUACAGGGCCAGGAUGGACAAACACGCAGCUCUCUCGAAGCAGCUGUCCAGCGAACAGGCCAAACUCCAGCAGACGCUGCAGAAAGAGUCCAAGGUCAACAAACGUCUGUCCAUGGAGAACGAGGAACUGCUGUGGAAGCUGCACAACGGCGACCUGCUGGCGAGCCCCCGCCGCCUCUCGCCCACCUCGCCCUUCAGCUCACCCCGGAACUCUGCCUCCUUCCCCACAGCUGCCCCCUUAUCGCCCAGAUAACCCCUCCUCUCCUCUGACCUCCCGACUCUCCUCACAAAGAUGUUCCAAAUACAGAGAAAGACUUAAGUGACAGCAGGCGUUGUUGGAAUAUUAACAACAAACGUGUACAUUUGGAAUAAGUUGCAGUAAAGACGCUGAUUUCGAGAGCAAAGACAUUGCAGUGGCAUCGAUGCACUUAAGUCUGAGCGUGGGACUGGCCUUGCUGUCUGGUUCUCCAAGAGACAUUUCUUCUUUUUCUGAAGAAAACCUAAAUAACAGGCACACCUCAGGGUCUGUACAUAGCGCCUCACUUUCGUUAUGACUAUCCUUACCUUUUUUUUCCUUUUAUGUUGUACAGUUUAAGUCCAGUAUUUUCUUUUAUACCCCUCUUUUUAAAGGGGAAGAUGAGAGAAAACCUUGGAUUUGUGGCAUAUAUGUGGAAAUGGACUCAAACUGGUUUGGGUUUGGUAAAUCAUAAAAUGACGGGUACUACUCGGUGGAAUAGCAUGGAUCGUUUUGCCUUUUCCCUUCUUUUAAAGAGGACGUCUUUUUCCCCCAAAGAACGAAGCUCAAUCACUGAUCUGCUUUGGACCUCUGGAAGAAACGCAUGAUGUCCUUCUGUGGGCAAACGACUGAUAGAACCUCUGAUCCAAUGGAUACCUGUUCCUCCGUGUGAGCUCCUCACAACCUCUACCUUAAUCUAUGUGGAAUGUAAUCACCCUCGGAUGUUAACUCUGAGCAGUUAACAUCAUCAGACACACAUCAUCUCAGAGCCAAAUAUGCAGUUUAUUUAACAGGGAUGGUGUUGGCCAGGACAGUGUGUAACCCCCCCCCCCACUUUACUUUUCCCCUUAAAUCUCUCAUUACCGAAGAGAAGAUACGACUCCCCACACAUCCUCUAAAAUCACCUCGUGCCCAAACAGGAACAAGGCAGAAAGCAAAGCUGAACCAGCGACUGAGGGUUCAUAUCCGUCUUUGCUGUGGGUCACACAUACACAGAGAAAACUCCCAGACUCUCCUUAACUGCCAGACUCUGGCCUCUCUGUAACGGAAUCCAAAAACAGUAUCACUUUGUGUGUCUGGUGUUUUGUCCUGAAAAACCUCAAAUGUCCGCAUAUUGCCUAAGUCUACCAUGUUCUGCUUUAUUUUGGACACAGAAUAAAUACAAUAUG